AUGUGGCCCAAGAGGAGUGCUGCCCCCUUUCUGCUGACCGGCUUCCCAGGUCUGGAGGCAGCCCAUCACUGGAUCUCCAUCCCCUUCUUUGCAGUCUACGUCUCUGUGCUACUUGGCAAUGGCAUUCUCCUCUACCUCAUCAAGGAUGACCACGGUCUUCAUGAACCCAUAUACUAUUUCCUUGCCAUGCUGGCAGGCACAGAUCUGAUGAUGACAUUGACCACGAUGCCAACGGUAAUGGGUGUCUUAUGGGUGAAUCACUGAGACAUAAGCCAUGGGGCCUGCUUCCUGCAGGCCUAUUUCAUUCACUCCCUUUCCAUUGUAGAAUCGGGUGUCUUGCUUGCCAUGGCCUAUGACCAUUUCAUUGCCAUCCACAAUCCCUUGAGAUACACUUCCAUUCUCACCAAUACUUGAGUGGUAAAGUUAGGGAUGGGAGCUUUUAUGAGGGGUUUUAUAUCCAUCAUGCCUGCAGUCCUGCGUCUUUUUUCAUUUCCAUAUUGCCACUCUCAUGUUCUCUCCCAUGCUUUCUGUCUUCACCAAGAAGUCAUGAAACUGGCCUGUGCUGACGUAACUUUCAAUAGACUUUACCCUGUAAUUCUGAUUUCUUUAACAUUCUUCCUAGAUUCUCUGAUCAUUCUCUUCUCUUAUAUCCUAAUUCUUAAGACUGUCAUGGGCAUAGCCUCUGAUGAAGAGAGAGCCAAGUCCCUCAAUACCUGUAUCUCCCACAUCAGUUGUGUACUCAUCUUCUAUGUCACUGUGAUGGGCCUGUCAUUCAUCCACAGGUUUGGGAAGAAUGUGCCACAGGUGACCCACGUUAUAAUGAGCUACGUCUACUUCCUCUUUCCUCCUUUCAUGAAUCCUAUCAUCUACAGCAUCAAGAUCAAGAAAAUUCAAUAUGGCAUUCUCCACCUUUUAUUUAAACGUAGAUUUGGAAGUUAA